CCCUUGGGGAUGAACCAUUUCCUGAUGGGGAGGAGGGGAGGGGCCGGGACCCUUUCACACGCAAGUCAGAGCGACUCCAAUUGGUUCACUCCAGAUCUGAAACCGGUUCCAGUCUGAAUGUGGGACACAGCUGAGAAAGUGGAGGUCGCUUCGCUUCCUGCUCUAGCAUUUAAAUGCCCAGGAAACAGCCUUGCGGAGAGACCACGGAAAGGAGCGACCAGCGGCUGUUUAGACUUGGCUGGGGGUGAGCUCCAGGCCUUUGCCCAACGAGUAAAGGAUGAUCCAGCGGCACCAACUGGUGCAGUCUGUCCUCCAGGAGCUGCAGGAGGCUACUGAAUGCUUUGGGCUAGAGGGAUUAACCAGUGCAGCUCUAGAAGCUGAGAGGACUUUAUCCUCUUUCUCUCUACCUAGAUACUGUGGGAGGCAGUUCCAAGAAGAACUGGAAGUUGACCGGGUAGCAAGACGUCUCUAUCCAGAAGAUGCUCCUAGCCAUAUGUUGCCUUUGGCUUGCAAAGGUGAAGGGAACCACCUCUUUGAAGCUGCCAGCAUACUUUUGUGGGGGAACACCAGCUUAAGCUUGGAGCUGCAGGUGCGCACGGCGGUGGAGAUGUUACUUCAUAAGCAAUACUACCUGAACGGCAUGAUUGACUCCAAGGUGAUGCUCCAGGCUGCUCGCUAUUCACUUUGCACAGAGGAAUCUCCUGAGAUGACUAGCUUGCCUUUGGCUGUCCUAGAGGCCAUUUUUGAUGCUGAUAUCAAAGCCACCUGUUUCCCAGGCACCUAUGCCAACAUGUGGCAUGUGUACGCCCUGGCAUCAGUGCUGCAGUGCAACAUUUAUUCCAUCUACCCUAUGAGCAACCUAAAAAUCCGGCCAUACUUUAACCGAUUGAUCCGACCCAGAAGGUGCAGCUUGCAAGUCUCCACACUCCAUAUCAUGUGGUCAGGGCAGCAGAUUUCUGCCCAGGUUUUCAAAGCUCAGUGUUUUGUGCCUGUCGUCGGCUUGGAAGAAUUAGAACCCACAAAUCCGUCUCCAGAGCCUGCAGCACAGCCAGUGAAGACCCUGGAGCUCCUAAACAGGGAUCCGCAAGUGACUUACUCUAACUUGCGUGAAAGGUACAGCAUUACCAAAAGUACUUUCUAUCGGUGGAAGCGCCAGUCCCGAGAGCACAGGCAGAAAGCAGCUGCCAGGUUUGCAGCCAAACAGUUCUUACAGUCCUGCUUCCGGGAGGGCAGCACUGUCCCUCUUCAGCAUUUCCGACAAAUGUUUCCAGAGAUUUCUCGCUCCACCUACUAUGCCUGGAAGCAUGAGAUGCAAAGCACACUGAAUGGUGAGGUUUCUUCCUCGGCUGAAGCUGUUUCUUCGGACAGUUCUCAUACAUACAAACCAGAGAAGCUUCAUGCUGACACAGAUGGUGGUACUGCGAAAUCUGAUGGGGGCAUCGGAUCCAAAAGCGCUCUUUUAAAUCCCAGCCAAAAUGGGACCUCCAUGCAAGGAGCCAAGUCUUAUCUAGAGAAUUGCAUUUCCAUGAAUACCCUUGUACCUUUCAGAACCUUCAAGCGUAGUUUUCCUGGCAUUUCCCGAUCAACCUAUUACAACUGGAGGAGAAAGGCCAUGAAAGAAAACCCCAACUUCAAGCCUUCCCAGCCUUUUCCUGUCAGCCAGAGCCCUCUUAUGAACAGGAAGCCAUAUCUGUCAUUAAAGCCAGGAGGUUUUCCUAACAAGAAGUUGUUCAAUGGCCACCAUCCGGGACCUCAAGUUCUUGCGCAGCUCAAGCCAUCCCUGUACCACUGGCAGAAGCAACUUCGUGAUUUAGCCAAGAAACGUGUCAGCCAAUGGAAAAUGCCGUUCUGCAAGUUCCGUCUGCGUUAUCCAGGUGUCUCUUCCUCAGUCUAUUGGUUCUGGAGGAAAAGAAGAAGCAACCAGACAGAAAGGCAUCCUCUUCCCUCAAAGGAGGUGUCCCAGAACUUGCAGCAGGCUGCCAUGGAAACUAGUGGGAAGGCAGCACUUGAGUUCCAUUCAACACAGCAGAAGAUGUCUGCUCCCGUGCCUGUAGUGAAACAAACAUCCCAACCAUACGCCUCCAUGAUCCCAGGCUAUCAAAUGGCAGAAAGAGUCAACAAUAACAACAACAACAGUAACAACAUGUUUGUGAUGGAUGUGAUUGCUACCGCUCAAUUCAAGGCCCAGGCCAAGCUGUUUCUGCAACAACGCUUUGAGUCAAAGACCUUUCCAACAUACAAAGAAUUCAGAGCCCGCUUUCCCCUCACAGCUCGCUCCACUUACUAUAUGUGGAAGCGUGCCCUACAUGAUGGACUGACACUAGUAGAUGCCUAGUCUAAUCAAGGCUAUAUUCAGUCCGUUCCUGGAAGUGCCUGUCAACUUAUCAGUGAUUCACAGAACCUUUACAACUGAUUUUACUUCUUCUUCUUUUGGUCUGUUUUGUUAAAUUUCUUUCCUUGCUUUCCAGAAUUGGACACCAGUCCUGCAAAGCCUCAGGCCCCAGAGGCAUAGAGAAGGAUGAGGGAGGGUACUGGAGAUGAAGUACUGCCUUUCCACUGGUUUGCCCAGCACAAAAUGUCAUUUUUUUUAGUGAAUAUGCCAGUAGACCUCUGGUGGUGGUAGGAAAAACUGUGUUUCUAAAGUGCUUCUCUUUUUUUCACUCACUUUGAAAUGGGCAUUUAUUCACAGUCUUUAGGGCUGUAAAUGGGAUCUGGGUCCAGGUAUGCAUUGUGUUUUCAUGAUAGGCUGCUUGCUUCAGAAAUUCAACUGCAAAAUGCAUAUCACAUAGCUCCUAAGUCGUAUAGCUGCAAGGCCUUCUCAAUGCAAAUGUGUGCUGCAAGCAAAAGAUUAAAACCUCAGUAAUGGAAAUCAAACUGUUCAAGUGUACUUUGAUAGUAGGAUGGGUUUGUGUGAUGAAAAUCCCAAGUACAUAGUGAUGAAGAACAUAGUUCCAAUUCUGAUAUUGUAGAGCACUGGUUCCCUUGGGUCCCCAGAAGUUCUUGGACUAAAACUCCCAGAAGCCUUCACCAGCAACUUUUC